CUCCGUUAUCGAAUAUUUAUGGCACUAAAUAUUAUAUAAAAAUAGGAAGGGUUUUGAUUUCCUUCUGUAAUCUGGUUUCCUUCUUCUUUGCUUCUCACAAAAGAAGAGAGAGAGAGAGAGAGAGAAAGGGUAGGCGAGAUAAAAGGAGAGGCGAGAUUGUGGAAGGAGAGAGGAAGUCAUGGAAGUCUUCUGCCUUCAAACCUUACUGUGGAACCGAGUCGCCUCUGCCGCCCACCUUCCUUCUUCCCUCAUCGGCGCCAACCAUACCGCCGCUCGGUUCUGCUCUCGAUAGUCCUCUUCUUUUCAAACCCUAACAAAACGUCCUUCUUCUUCUUCUUCUUCUUUGAUUUUGUCCUUUGUGAGGAUCCAACAGAAACAGGAAAAGAAGUUGGUAGCCGAGAAGUUCUUGAAUUCUUUUGUUCUUUGUGGAGCAAAUUUGGUUUGGUUUUCUGUUGUUCUUUUUGGGGUUCAUCGUUUUCUUUGAGUUUCAGUUUGUUGGUAAGAGGAAAAUGGAGCCAAUGGGGGGUCACAAAGUGACCAACCGCGUCCGGAACUUGGUCGUCCGAGGACUCAUCUUAGGCGUCGCUGUCCUCCUCCUCCGCUUUGUUUACGUCUUUUCAACCACUUCGUCCUUCCAGGACGCCGUCGGCCUGUCCUGCGACGCCGCCGGCUUCUGCCUGUUCUCCGCCUCCGGGACGCUCAACAUCGUGGGGAUCGGCGGUCACCAGCGCCCGCAUUCGGCCUCCGCCGAGCACCUCGCCGUCGAUCCGGCCGUCCGGAAGCUCUGGACCAGCAAGGAGUGGAGGCAGAGGAUCGACGCCUACUCUGCGGUUUUCCAGAACCUCACGCAGCGAGGCUAUCUAUCCCGACUCUCUAAGACCCUGGUGGUUCCGGUCGGAAACCGGGAGGAGGCCGCCGCGCAGCAGGUGCUUGCCUUGAGGGAGGUCGGAGUCGUCGACUCGAUCGGCGUGGGGAAGAAGGUACAUCGCCCGCUGGUCGUCUACGGCGACCCCUUCCGGCAUCUGCCCUUCGAGGACGACACCUUCGACUUCGUGUUCGCCGGCGAGGGCGUGAUAGAUUCGAUGCCCAAGAAGGUGGAGGAGUUCGCGGCAGAGAUCGGCCGGAUGAUCAGGCCGGGAGGGAUCGCCGUCAUCCAUGCCCUUGCUGCCAAAGACAUGUAUAGUCUCAAUUCUUUCUUGGAUUUGUUCAAUUGCUGUAAAUCUGUGAAGAGUAGGAAGUCUGGAUCUUUUACGGAAUUCAUUUUGAAGAAGCACACCAUUCGCCGCCUGGGCGCUGGAAAAUCGGCCCCUCCCGGCGAUGAAUCGAGCAAUAAGAGCAGCGUUUGCUCUGCUCCUGAAUGGAAGAAGGGUCUCGUCAAAAGGGCAGAGCCUUUGAUCAUGGAAGAGCCGUUGAAGCCAUGGAUUACCUUGAAGAGAAAUAUCAAGAACAUCAAAUACCUCUCGUCCAUGGUGCAGAUCUCAUACAAACGCAGGCACGUCUACAUAGACGUGGGAUCUCGAUCAUAUGGUUCGAGUAUCGUUGGAUGGUUCAAGAAGCAGUACCCCAAGCAGAACCGGACGUUCGAGAUCUUCGCCAUCGAGGCAGACCAUACGUUCCACUAUGAGUACGGGACGAAGAAGGGAGUGCAGCUACUGCCGUAUGCUGCAUGGAUCAGGAACGAGACACUGCUGUUCGAGAUCAAUGGUGGUGGCGAUGAAGAUGGGGAGAAGGGGAGGGGUAUGGGUAGGAUUCGAACUGGUGGGGAAGACUCAGAAAUGGCGGAGGAAUCAAGGGAAGUGUUGAAGGUUCAGGGAUUCGAUUUCGCAGAGUGGCUGAUGGGUGCUGUGAGCAAGAAGGAUUUCGUAGUGAUGAAGAUGGAUGUGGAAGGGACGGAAUUCGAUCUCAUGCCGAGGUUGAUUGAGACAGGAGCCAUAUGCUUGAUCGACGAGGUUUUUCUGGAGUGCCAUUAUAAUCGGUGGCAGAGGAGCAGCCGCGAGAGGACCAAGAAGUAUAAGAGUACAUACAGCGACUGCAUGAAUAUAUUUACCUCUCUGAGGGAAAACGGCGUUUUGGUUCAUCAAUGGUGGUGAAGGCCUGGGAGGAAAAAUUCUAUCCCAUGCAUUCGUGAUCCUUUCAAUGGUGAGUAGCUGUUGUUCUAUUGUCUUUUCAGGAAUAUAUUUUCAAAUUGUAUCUUCCUUCCUUCACUUUCUCACAUCUACAGAUUAGUUUUCUCUAUUUUUUCUUUUUCUUCUUUUGGUGGUAAAGAUAAAUUUAUUUGAUGUUAAAAAGUAGAUUUCACAUUCAAUUGAAAAUCUCCCCUUUAUUAUAUAGCCUGUAAUCUGUCCAGUGUUUCCACAAGUUUGCCAGGAAGAGAAGAAAGUUGGGUUAAAUUCCACAGAGCCAAGUGUAAAUUCCUUUCUGUAUUGUCAGCGCUGUUGUUUAACUUGCGAGAUACUGUAACUUUAAAUUGUGUGGUGAAUUGAAGUGUGUACUUAGCAAUCUGAGGUUUUGUGAAAUUGAUGGUGUUGAAUCGAGUAAUUAGGUUGCGUUUGAUUGCACAAUUAAUAGAGCAAGAUUUUUUCUCUUAUGGCGCUUUCAUAUUUCCUUGUCAUACUAAACUGUGGAUCUGUGCAGGAAAAGAUGUUCAUGGUUUCUUGAAGUUGUGAUGUAAAAAUGAUAUGACAAGAUUGUACUAUACAAUAGGGAUGGAUAAGCUCAUGGAUGUGAACUGCUUGUCAGAUAGCAAAAUCACCCCAAAUCUCUUUCUGGUUAAUGACAAAUUACUAGCUGCUACAAUUCUUUACCUGUGAGUCUUCUCUCUGGAUGCAGGUUUUGGGAAUUGAGUCGUUUGGCAGUGAAGUUGACCUCAGUAAAGAAAAUAUUUUUAACGAAAAAUCAUUCUCAGCUAUAAAGUUCCGGAUUUAGUAGCUUGAAUUAGAAUGCAAAAUUGGCGGUUAAUAAAAAACUUCUAGCUUAAGCAUGUUUUUCAGUUUUUGUUAUACUGCUAAUGGAUGUGCUGUUGUAAAAUUUUUCUGUUUUUUAGGGGCUGUUUGACAAAAGGAACAUUCCAAAAUUGUAUGGAUUCAUUAAAUACUUUCACAAUGUUCCAUGAAUCUGCCCCUUUUGUUAGGGCAUAUACAUUAAACAUAUACAUUAAACACUAACAAAGUAUUCCUCCUUCCAAACAGCCCCGUAAUCUGUUGUAAUUCUGCUCAGCGCUGGGAGAGAUGUGCUACAUUUUUGGUCCUCUUCUGAUUUUUUGGGUUUGAAGUGAAAGAUUUGUUACAUUUUUGGUCCUUUUCUGAUUUUUUUUAGCGAAUGGUUUUAAUCUGUAGUGGUAAUGUUAAUGCCAACUCUUUUGUAGUUUAGCUUUUUUCUUA